UUCCGGAGAGUCGUCGCCGCCACGUUCGUUGCAGCCCCAACCGGCAAAAGAGAGGUGAUCAAGGGAGACGGCAACAUGUAUGCCCCGCCAUUUCAUUUCUCUCGGCCCUCUUCCUCCACGGCUCCCGUCUCUUCUUGUCCUCCCGAUGCAGCAUGAAAGCUGAGGCUGCCGCAUUGCUCGGCCGAUCGGUUCGCCUCAGGCGACGGCCCUGCGCGGUUCGUGUCUUGCUCUGAUUCUUGGCGGUGGCGGUGGCGGUGGUAAUCUUCCUCUGAUCGCAAGCGCUGCGCACAAUGAGAACUCUGCUCCAGGCCAGAGGCGGUGGUCGCGGUGCCGGUUCCGGCGCCACCGACGCGGCCGCCGAUGCAGUAGACACCGUGACAGGCACCACGCCUCCGCCCUCCUCGACCGACGAUUCGCCGCCUCCUCCUGCUCCCGACUCCUCGUCCGACCCUCCUCCUUCCCCCUCGUCGUCCUCUUCUCCGCCGCCGCCGUCCCCAUCGUCUCCCUCGGACCCACCACCGUCUCCUUCUUCGCCCCCGCCAUCACCGCCGCUCGCACCGCCUCCUUCGCCCGCGGCGUCUUCUCCCCCUCCGCCGGAGGCAUUGCCGCCUCCUCCGCCGCUGGCAUCCCCGCCGCCUCCACCUGACGCAUUGCCUCCUCCGCCACCCUCCCCGGUCUCUGCUCCCCCGCCUCCCGCAGACGCCGCACCGCCCCCGCCUGAUAACGCGGCCGCGCCACCACCGGAUAACGCGGCCACGCCCCCACCUUCUCCCGCUCAGGCGCCGCCGCCGGCGCAAUCGAACGCCAAGCCGCCUUCUUCCAAAGCGUCGCCUCCGCCUGCCGCCGCGGAGCCAACAGCGACUCCGGUGGUGGACGCCACGCCGCCACCGAAGCAAUCCGCCGUUGAUUAUGCCCCGCCUCCGUCAACGCGGACGAGCUCAUCUGCCACGGCGCACUCACCUCCUGCAGCUUCGGCGGUGACACCGCCCGCGACUGAUAGAAGCGUGACGGCACCGACACCGCCCAGCACUGGAGGCGGCAUGAGCUCCGGCGCCACGGCGGGCGUGGCAGUCGUGGCCGUGAUCGCCUUCGUCUGCUUCGCGGGCGUGUUCGUCUGCCUGACCAAGCGGCGGAAGCGGAAGUACUCGGACCAGUACUACCCGGGCUUCGCCGCUCCGGCUUACACGCCGCAGCACAUGUCCGGCGAGGCACCGUUCCUGCGUGUGCCGUCCGCUCCGGGGUCGGGGAACUUCAGCCAGCCGGGAAUGUCGGCGAUGAUGAGCGGCCAGUCGUACGGGCACCAACAGCAGCCACCACAGUACCAGCAGCAGCAGCAGCAGCCGCAGCAUCAGUUCGCGUCGGCGAACUACAGCAGCACGAUGGGGAGCCAGGGGCCGGCGAGGAGCGUGGCGACGUCGGGCGACCUGAGCGUGGGCAACAGCAAGUCGUUCUCGUUCGACGAGCUGUACGAGAUCACCGGCGGGUUCUCGCGCGACAAGCUGCUCGGGGAGGGCGGGUUCGGGUGCGUGUUCAAGGGUACGCUCGGCGACGGCAGGGAGGUGGCCGUGAAGCAGCUCAAGGGCGGCGGCGGGCAGGGGGAGCGCGAGUUCCAGGCGGAGGUGGAGAUCAUCAGCCGCGUCCACCACCGUCACCUCGUCUCCCUCGUCGGCUACUGCAUCUCCGAGGACCAUCGCCUCCUCGUCUACGACUUCGUCGCCAACGACACCAUGCACCACAACCUCCACGGGAGGGGAAGGCCGGUGAUGGACUGGCCGACGAGGGUGAAGAUCGCGGCAGGAUCGGCGCGCGGGUUGGCCUACCUGCACGAGGACUGUCAUCCAAGGAUCAUCCACAGGGACAUCAAGUCAUCCAACAUCCUUCUCGACGACAACUUCGAAGCUCAGGUCGCGGAUUUCGGGCUCGCCAGGCUCGCGGAGAACGACGUGACGCACGUCUCGACGCGUGUAAUGGGCACAUUCGGGUACUUGGCACCGGAGUACGCUUCGACGGGGAAGCUGACUGAGAAAUCGGACGUGUUCUCCUUCGGGGUGGUGCUCCUGGAGCUCAUCACCGGCAGGAAGCCCGUCGACUCGUCCCGCCCCCUUGGCGACGAGAGCCUCGUGGAGUGGUCGAGGCCGCUGCUGAACCGCGCAAUCGACGAGCAGGAGUUCGAGGAGCUGGUGGACCCGCGGCUCGCCGGUGACUACGACGACGUCGAGAUGUUCCGCGUGAUCGAGGCGGCGGCAGCGUGCAUCCGGCACUCGGCCGCCAGGAGGCCCAAGAUGGGGCAGGUUGUUAGGAUUCUGGACAGCCUGACCCUGAACGACGUGGACCUGACCAACGGCGUGCAGCCCGGGAAGAGCCAGAUGUUCAACGCCGCCAACACGGCGGACAUCAGGCAGUUCCAGCGAAUGGCGUUCGGCAGCCAGGAGUUCAGCUCCUCCGAGUACACCCAGUCCAAGGCCAGCAUGAGCGGCAGGAGGGAUCUGUAGCGGCCACGAGAUUGAAAGGAUCCAUCACAGCUUGCUUCCGACGAUUUUGUUUCUGUUCAUGUGUCGAUUCUUUUAUUCAAGAUAUUUUACAGUGAAUUUGUAUUUGCUGUUUUACUAUAUGCCUCUCUCUUUCUUUCUUUGGUGUGUACAUUAACAGAGUAUAUGCCCACAUGGUCAUGUAUUUUUAGCUAUUCUGAACAGAUAUAUGUUGUUUUUUUCAUCGGCUAUCCGAAGUAAGAGAGUGUUGUGAAUA